AUGUUUCAGAGACGUGCAGCAUGGAAUGAACAAGAUGGCAGAAGUGUACAUAGAGAAGGAGAAGAGGAAGAAACAGCAGCAGCAGCAACAGGUAACACAUCUUUUGAAGAUAUUACGUUCGAUGUUUGCGACAAACGGAUUUUGUCGAUAGAUUACCAUAAAGCCACACUUGGUGUUACCUGUUUAGAUUUCGAUGCUCGAGUGGCCUACAUUUACGAGGAUUUUGAAGUGAGUAAUCCAAAUGUUUAUCUUUACACAAUUUUGGAUGAUUUAAAACCCAACCUUGUGUUUGCGUCUUCGAGGUGUAAGCAGCUGAUGUUUAUUUACUUGAGAGAAAAAGAAUCCCAAUAUGAGUUUCAAUUGUUCACAAAAAUUGUGGCAGACUUUAAUAGAUUUGACUUACAGCAAUUGGCUGAUUCAUUUAUUAAUUGUAUAACAAGUGUUCGUUCCAGAUUAUUUCUGGAUCUCGCAUUGAAAUCAUCAUGUUUCAAGUUAUCAGUGGGCACCCUUAAUGCCAUCUAUUUAGGAGUUGCUGACUAUGUCGAAGAGUCAAAUAUUGCAGAGUUUGUUGAUUCUGUCCAAUUCUGUAAUUUUACAGACCAUAUGUUCAUCGAUGUGGAUCUGUUGUAUGCACUUCAAAUUCUCCCAGAUCCCAGCAAAGUAUUUUCAAAGUCCAAAUCGCAAAAGUCAUGUUUAUUUGAUUUGGUCAAUUACACAGCCACUAGUGAAGGCUAUUCGUUGCUCAUGGAUUGGGUGAGAAAGCCUUUGGCUGACAUUACCUUAAUAAUGGAAAGACAAAGUAUGAUUAGAUAUUUGUCAAGUGGUGUCUUUGGUCAUGAUAACCGAGGCUGUAGCCAAAUCGUCACAAUACUUCGUAGCAUGAAGGGCUGCUUUGCAAAAGUACGGAGAUUGAAGACCAACGAGAUGCUGUGGCAAUGCUGGAAUUCUUUGAUUUUAUUGCUAAGGAAUAGUGUGCUGAUUGUUAAGUUACUUAGACAACACAUCAACGUUGAAGAGUUACAUGAAAGCUCUUUAAGCAUGAGUUUCCUUUUGAAUGAAGAUUUGUUUGCUUUUCAAGAACUAGAGAGAAUAAUCCACCUGGUGAUUGCGAUAGAAUUGUCUGCAGAAGAAGGCAAAAUAAUAAUCCGUGAUGGAGUUGAUGCUGAAAUUGACAGGUUACGAUCAAUUUACAAUAAUUUAGACUCGAUAUUACAAACGUGCACUAAAAAUAUAAGUGAAUGCUAUCCUGGUAUUGGGUUCAACACAAUAUAUAUUCCACAAUUAGGUUUUCUUGUUUCUCGCGAAAUAACUCACAAUGUGAUAACUCAUGAUACUACGGAUGUUUGCUUACCGAGUGACUGGAAAGAAGUUUUUGCUACAUCAACUCACUUGUAUUAUAAAUCACCAGAAGUGAGACAAAUGGAUGAUGCAUAUGGAGACGUUCAUACGCUAAUAAUCGAUCGGGAAAUUGAAAUUAUUCAGCUACUUCAGGAGAAGGAAGUCGAUAAGUAUGCGUCAACUUUGGUCGAUACCAUGCUUGCUUUAACUGAACUUGAUUGCUUGUGCUCAUUAGCCACGGUUUCUCAACUACCUGGUUAUAAGUUUCCUAAAUUGACUACAGGUUAUGAUUUGUGUUUAAAACAAUCAAGACAUCCAUUAGUAGAAACCUAUCUGAAUCUGUUUGUUCCAAAUGAUGUAGAAUUCUCGGAUCAAGAAGAAGAGGAAGAAGAAGAACGAAUUAUGGUAUUGACAGGUGCAAAUUUCUCUGGAAAAUCUGUGUUCCUCAAUCAAAUCGCACUCAUUACGGUACUUGCUCAGUUAGGAUGUGCCAUUCCUGCACAACUGGGGGUUAUAGGAGUAGUUGAUAUGUUGCUAACGCGGAUCCUGUCCAGGGAAUCGCUAGAAAAACAUUUGAGCACGUUUGCAAUUGAUAUCAACCAGCUCUCAAAGUGCAUUACUCUUGCAACAGAUAAAUCAUUAAUAUUGGUGGAUGAAUUUGGCAAAGGAAGUGAUUCCAUUGAUUCACCAGCAUUGUUUGGCGGGGCUAUCUCUUAUCUUGCUAGGAUGAGCUCUCCACCACGCUGUAUUAUGUCGACCCAUUACCUAGAGUUAUUUCGGGACCACUGGCUCGCCAAUAAUAUACUUUCUGAGAAUAAAAGAGUCAAAUAUGUAUCAAUGCAAAUUUCACUACAACCAGAUCUGCCACUGAAUACGCAACAUGUUGACAGUAUAAAAUAUUUAUACAAGGUAAAGGCUGGUGUUGCAGCAGAUAGUUUUGGUAUUCACUGCGCCAAAUUCUGUGAUUUACCGCAACAAAUUAUAAACAGAGCAAAAGUGUUUGCAAAAAUGUUGGCGCAGGGUAAAGACUUGGUUGAUGAAUUGAUGCUUCUUUCAAAAGAAGAGGAAACUCAAUAUGCAAUUGCUAGAGACGUGGUUAUGCAAUUUUUAACUAUAGAAUUCGACGAAACAGAAGUUUCACCCGAUAAGUCCAAAGCAGAUAUUGCAAAAUUCGAGUCUUUGAUCAUGUAG